ACCGAGCAUUACAUAAUGGUUUAUUUUGAGAGCGAAUGUUCUGGAUUUCGUAGCUCGGGGUAUAAAUGCGAGUGCGAGCGAACCAGCAGUAAUCUAAUGAGAAACGAAAAACAAGAUAAAACUACAAGAGAAAAAAAAGCUACAAAGAAGAAGAAGAAGAAGAAGAAGAUGCCUAAAACACCAGCGAUUGGAAUCGAUCUUGGCACCACGUACUCCUGUGUUGGGGUUUUCCAAAAUGGUAAAGUGGAAAUCAUCGCUAACGACCAAGGCAACAGGACGACUCCAAGUUACGUGGCCUUCACAGACACUGAACGACUUAUUGGUGAUGCUGCCAAGAACCAAGUGGCUUUGAACGCUAAAAACACCAUCUUUGAUGCCAAGAGGCUGAUUGGCCGUAAGUUUGACGAUGCUAGUGUUCAAGCCGACAUGAAGCACUGGCCUUUCGAAGUCAUCAACCAAGGCAAACCAAAGAUUCGUGUUGAAUUCAAAGGYGAAACCAAGGUGUUUACACCAGAAGAGAUCAGCUCUAUGGUGUUAACCAAGAUGAAAGAAACUGCCGAGGCGUACCUUGGAAGUAAAGUUACAGAUGCAGUAGUGACGGUACCAGCUUACUUCAACGACUCACAACGACAAGCUACGAAAGACGCAGGAGUCAUUGCUGGACUGAACGUGAUGAGAAUCGUCAACGAACCGACGGCUGCUGCUUUGGCUUAUGGACUGGACAAGAAACUCAAAGGAGAACAAAAUGUGCUGAUUUUUGAUCUUGGUGGAGGGACUKUUGAUGUGUCUAUUCURUGCAUCGAUGAAGGGUCGCUGUUYGAAGUCAAGUCGACAGCCGGCAACACGCAUCUUGGAGGCGAGGACUUUGACAACAGAAUGGUUGAACAUUUUGUGAAAGAGUUUCAGAGAAAGUACAAAAAAGACAUCAAGUGCAACCAAAGAUCGAUGAGAAGAUUAAGAACAGCAUGUGAACGAGCCAAGAGAACUCUGUCGUCAAGCAGCGAGGCCAACAUCGAGAUUGAUUCACUCUACGAAGGAAUAGACUUCUACUCGAGAAUCAGCCGCGCAAGAUUCGAAGAGCUCUGUUCAGACCUUUUCCGUUCGUGUCUUGAACCAGUAGAAAAAGCUCUCCGCGAUGCCAAGCUUGGAAAGAAAGACAUUGACGAGGUGGUGCUUGUUGGAGGGUCCACACGUAUUCCCAAGAUCCAGAAGUUAUUGCAAGAAUUCUUCAACGGUAAAAGUCUGAACAAAUCCAUCAACCCAGACGAGGCGGUAGCAUACGGUGCAGCCAUACAAGCAGCUAUCCUGUCUGGUGAUCAGAGCUCUGAAGUGAAGGAUGUGCUUUUGGUUGAUGUCACUCCUCUUUCUCUUGGAAUCGAAACAGCUGGAGAAGUGAUGACCAAGUUAAUCGAGAGAAACACACGCAUCCCAACCAAGACAUCUCAAACGUUCACAACGUACUCAGACAACCAACCAGGAGUGUCCAUCCAAGUGUACGAAGGAGAAAGAGCCAUGACCAAACACAAUAAUCUUCUUGGAAGAUUCGAACUGGAUGGAAUUCCUCCUGCUCCUCGGGGCGUGCCGCAGAUUGAAGUCACCUUCGACAUCGAUGCUAACGGCAUCCUGAACGUGUCUGCUAAAGACAAGAGCACAGGUAAAUCGAGUUCCAUCACCAUCAAGAACGACAAAGGACGUUUGUCAAAUGAAGAGAUCGAAAGAAUGGUCCAUGAAGCUGAGAAAUACAAAAGUGAAGACGAUGCUCAGAGAGAAAGAGUACAGGCAAGAAACAGCUUGGAGAAUUACGUCUAUCACGUGAAACAAUCAGUAGAGGACCCGGCUGUGUCCAGCAAGUUGUCCUCUGAGGAUCGUGAAAAUGUUCAAAGUAAAGUCAAAGAGGUGAUCAGUUGGUUGGAUAGCAAUACUCUGGCAGAGAAAGAAGAAUUUGAACACAAAGAAAAAGAGCUCCAGAGAAUCUGUUCUCCCAUCAUGGCGAAACUACAUGGCAAAGGACAACAAAGCACCAAUAACAGCGCGGGAGGACCGACUAUCGAGGAAGUAGAUUAAAAGACUUUACUAUAAAUGUUAGAAGAAUAGCACACAAAUAUUAAUCCGGCACUUUUUGAGUCCGAAACUGUUUGUUAAAAUAUUUCAUAUUUUGUAGACAAGAAUCAAUACGAGUUUAGUAUAUAUUUAGUUUUUCUUAAAAAUAUGUUAUUUUUGACUUCUUCAUAUAUUUCUAAGAACUAAAUUAUUGGUAAGUUAAGUUCAGUAUAUUAGGUAAACAGUAUUGUAUAACUAGCUACAUCUAUA